AUGCAGUUCGGCAAAUCGUGUACAUCAUGGCAGCGAACAACCUCAAGUGGUGAAGUACUCUGGCCGAGACGUUCAUCUGUUAAAAAUAUUCAUCGUGAAAUUCAUCGUAUUUAUGUGUGGCUGGGGACCGUUGUUCGUUCUGCAAGAAAAAAACAAUUUCAACGUGUGGAAAACUGGAUUACUGUUGUUCAAAUUGAAGCAUUAGCGAAGUUGAUCGAUUGCUUUGCAUACAAUCAACAACGAGUUAUUUGGUUAGCUGUUACUUGUCAAAAACAAGCAUUAUUUGAAAUAACAAUCGAUUUUUAA